CUCUUAUUGGCUCUUCUGCCAUGAGUGGGCGGAAACGUCCCUGAAAAUGCGUUUCCUUGUCUGUCAAAUGCGAAGCAAAGGGAAGACCCGAUAGAUCGUGCGGCGAUAAAAAACUAAAUAAGAAUAUAAAUAUUUACGACUGAGGAAAUAUCUCAUUACUCUUAAUGAUAAAUUUAAUCAAUGCCUAAUAUCACCCAGGUACCUUCAUGCUAAUUUUAGUGGUCGUAUUCCGUGUGCGUUUAGCUAGCGCUAGCUGUUAUCACGUCGCCCUGUGACUGCAUCCCCCUGCUCUCCAAACACACCGCCUUUGUGGCGAUGAGUACGGAUUUACUAUCUGAUUUGGACAGUCGUUUCUUCGCUGAUAACCUCCUGACGAGCGAAGACUGGGAUGCCUGCCUGUACCGGUGCGAGAGCAUGGAGGAGGGCGAGGACGGCGACUUCGGCCGAGGACUGAAAUUCGAGCCGUCGUUUGACAACGACCUCGUGCUCACCCUCGAUCCUGACAACCCCACGUCGCCAUGGAAACACCUCGACGACAACCUUCUCACAGGGGAAGCUCCUGUGAUAAAAAACGAAAUGACCAUCACUCAGCCGUUACCUGUGGAGAUGUUGUUUCAGGUGAAGGCGGAGCCUCCGUCUCCCGCGUCCUCUCUGGGGUCCGACUGCUCGGCCUCAUCACCAGACCCGCAGAUCACAGUUAAAGGUGAAAACCCUCCAACUCCUCCCUACAUGUACGGGGACGUGCUGUCUCCCCCGCUGGGGUCCAUGGAGGUCACCGUGGCAACAACAGCCAUAGCUCCACCACAGACGCAGCUGCAGACGCCGCUGACGACACAGAUCCCAGCAGUGAUCAGCGGAUUGCAGACGCAGGCUGCAGUUCUGCAGAGCUCGGCCACAUUAAAGGCCAGCAGCAUCCUGAGCGCCAAGCCCCCCAUCCAGCCCAGACCAGUGUGUGUCACCACCCUCCCCGUCCCCCAGACCCCGGCACCAGCCAAGACCCUCAUACUGCAGGGCCUCCCCUCCAUGGACCAGACCAGACCUGUCGUCUUGUCUCAGUCCGUCUGCCUCGGCUCAGCUCCGGCCAUCGUCAAAAUGGAGCCGGUCUCUCCCAGCAUCCCCCAGCACUGCUCCAGUCCCACAGCUCCGCCCGCCAGCAAACCCAUCGUCCCGGCAACGACGACGGCGUUACCCGGCAACAACUCCAACGACAUCGAUAUGAAGGUGCUGAAACGGCAGCAGAGGAUGAUAAAGAACCGGGAGUCGGCCUGCCAGUCCAGGAAGAAGAAGAAGGAGUACCUGCAGAACCUGGAGUCCCAGCUGAGGGAGGCCCAGCAGGAGAACGAGCGUCUGCGGAGGGAGAACCAGGCGCUGAGGGAGAGACUGGCUGGAAAAGAGGGCAGCGACUCUGCGAGCAACAAGAGAGCCGUGUGCGUCAUGGCCGUCCUGCUGUUCGUGACCUUCAGCUUCGGACCCGUCAGCAUCACAGACAGGAAGCUGUCAGGCCUACAGGAAGGCGUGGUGUCGUACACGGGACGACGCCUGUUGGAGAUCGAACAGCAGCAGCAGCAGCAGGUUCUCAGCAGAGUGGAGGACAAAGCAGAGUCGGAGGACGAGGGAGGAGACGAGGCGCCGGACUCGUACCACUUCAGGAACCUGAGUGAUGUGUUCAGUGACGUGAAGGAUUUGGUCCUGCAGGACAUCGACCGUUAUUUCACCUCCUCAGACUGCAGGCAGUUCAACCGCUCCGAGUCUCUCAGGCUGGCAGACGAGCUCAGGGGUUGGGUCCACCGGCACCAGAUCGACAGGAAGAAGUCUGGAGGAAAACCAAAAAUGGCCAAGAAGGCAAAGAUCGCUCAGAAAGCUCAGCUGAGGAAGACAAACUUUUCCAGAUAUCUGCCCAUCCAGACUCACCGCUCCAUAGAAAGUCAGCUGCAGGUGCUUCCUGGUCCCGAGGUCACCUACAGCGACUUCCUGGACGCCAUCGACCGCAGGGAGGACACUUUCUACGUUGUCUCUUUCAGACGGGAUCACCUGCUGCUACCAGCCAUCACCCACAACAAAACCAGCAGACCUAAAAUGUCUCUGGUGAUGCCUGCCAUGUCUGUCAACGAGAGUCUGUACAACUCCUCUCAGGGUUACGAGAUGAUGAUGCAGGUCGACUGCGAGGUCAUGGACACCCGCAUCAUCCCCAUCAAGUCCUCCGCUGUCCCGCCGUCCCUCCGCGACCCGCCUCCGCCUCCGCCUCCUCGCACCAUAGCCCUCACCAUCACCACGGCAACCACACUUCGCUGCGAGGGCGCCAACACCAUCACCCCUCCUCCUCCUCCUCGUCCUCCUCGCAGUCGUCUCAGAGGCAGCCCUUACCCGCCCGCCGACGGACAGCAGAAUAUUUAAUCAGCCAAUCAGAAGGGGUCUGAUGAGCGACACAGAACAAAGGAGCAGGUGGCGGAUAUCUCUGACUUUAUCACACCUGCGACAGGUAACACGUGAGUCCCGUCCCCGUCGAACCCCAUGCAGAAGGAUUUUAAUCAGUCACUUUCGACUUCCUGUAGGAGCUCAUGUCCUAAUGUAUGAGAAUAGAUUUCUUAAAACGCUGCACUUGGGAACGGUGCUGAUUUUUAACAUUUAACUCUGAGAGUGUACAGUUUGAAUGAAGCUGCCCUCACGGACGGAAGGUUUGUCUCCGUCUCAGCGUUCAGCCUGUUGCUGCUGCUUCGGCCUACAGGUGGCGCCACAGAGCGGUGUCCAGGUGCCAGGAUCAGUAGUUCACAGAGAAAUCUCUUCAUCAGCAAUAAACUGGUCCAUGAACGAAAGAAGCCGAGUUGUAAGUGUGCAGCUGCGGCGGGACGAACGCGUCCUGAAGACAAACGACUCUGCUGAUUCCCGCUUUUGUAUAUUUGUGUUCUUGUGGCAGUUAGACUUCAAGUAUCGAGGGACGAAACAGAAAACGUGUUGAUGUGAGAGGGCUGCUGCCUGAAGUUGGAGCUUAAAUUUUGCUGAAAAGCUUUUGGACAAAGAGGACAAGUGAGACACUCCGUCAGUGUCCAUCUGAAUUAUUUGUUAGAUGUUCACAAAACAAACGUUUCUGAUGUGCAGCCUUUAAGUUAGCUUUUCAUUUUCCUCAUCUAAGAUCUUCCACUCCUGACAGAAGCUCAAAGAAAACAUUUUGGUUUUUAAUGCUGACUUCUCAGUUCACAUGUAAUUUCUGAAUUGUGUGUGUGGCUUUUGGUUUUUAAUAACAUGUAGACGAUAAACGGCAAAUCGAUCAUUUUAGGAUAUUUAAUAUCUCUGAAAGUUCCUGUGAUCAUUUUUAGCGCUCAAAAUAAUUAAGAGAAAGUUUUCUCUUGUAAGAGAUGUAAUAUGAGAAUGAAAACAGAAAUGAAGAAUUUGUCAGAAUGUAAAGAAAUAUACCAACAAAACGAAGCCGUAAGCUGGAAAGCGCUGAGUAAUUUUGCCGUGAUUAACGUGCGGAGGUUUUAGCGGCUCGCUGCAGGGCUCUUCGCCCUCCUCCAUCAGACCAUUUCUAAGAUCCUACUUCCUGUGGCAUCCAUCACGUUUAUUCAGGUUUUCUUGGACAAAGGAGUUUUGAAAAGAGACUUACCGGCUGUACCCAACCCAGACUUUUGCCCGGCGAACUGGACAAAUUUGGCGUUUUGUUCUGUCUGUAUUUGAGCGCCACACCAAACUGCGGCCGCGAUGAUCAGGAUUUAAUGCUUUUCUUUGUCAGCUGUGGCGUGAAAACGUCAGCUCUCCACGCAGUCCAAAUCUGAUGCAGCAGCUCCAAACGGGACACGCAUGGCGACUUCCCUGACAUUUGAAUUUAAACUUCGACAAGUUGAUUAAGUAAUAAUCCGUCAGAACUGAGGAUAAUUUAAUCUCUAAGACUAAAUAUUGUCUAAAACAACCGUUUCUGACAUCCUCCCCAAACGGCUGCACCUGCGCCGGGUCCUACCUGUACUGUAGGUGAGCCGCAGCGCGAAGGUGACACCUGCUGGACAUUGUGGUUAAAACACCGUCUUCCCUGUCGUGACCGCAUUCAGUGAAGAGUCGGGUUGUCACGUGACGCAGCUAAAACACAAAGUGCUUUGAUUCGACUGACGAAACCCCACUCGACUCGGCGUCUUCUCGACCGAAGGCUCGAUUCAUCGACGUUCAGGCGUCGGCGCUCGGGGGAUUAUUUAAUAUGUGUAAAUAUCAGCCUUCACCUUGUAGAUAUUUUGUUUGUGUUUGUCACUUUUUAUACAUAUUUUUUUUAAACUUUCUUUAUCUUUUGACAGCACAAAGUAUAAGAAAAAAGAAAAGUGUGGCUUGUAGAGACAAAACUGAUUGAUGGUUUUAUAUUUUUUUUAUUGUUGUUCUUUGUUGAGUUCGGUGGGCCAACCAGCUUCAGUCGGUCUGUCCUUCUCGUGUGGCAUUUUCUGUUCUGAUAGAAUAUAUUUAUGGAAAUAAUAUACGCAGAUUAUUUUAUUGGAAAGAUCAUUACUGCUGCCACAGAAAUCGAACUAAUUUGUAAAAAGGAGAUUAUAAAAACUGCUUUGUGCUCUGAACACAUCCUGCUUCUUCUUCUUCUUCUUUUGUGUUUUGCCUGUCGUGUUUCAAAUCUCCUGAGUGAGUUCUGCUUGUCCUGCAGUGACAUCGUCGCGGUUUCCGACACGUGACUGUCAGACAUGUUUUAAUUGAGUUGCAUUAUGGGACAUGGAGUUUGGGGGUUUCACCCACACUCAGCACUAAAAGUCAGAAUCUCUCAACGUCUGCAGCACCACUUUUUGUGCGUUUUGUCUCUUUAUGUGUUUGAAUGCAAAACAUACAACACAGAAUGACAAUCAAGAAUUGAAAUUUGAGGUUUUAUCGUUCACGUUAUUUGCUGUUUUGCAAAAGAACUGCUGGAAUAUUUUGUAUUUGAUGCUAAAAAUUGUGAGGAGAUUCGGUAUGAGGAGAAAGAAAAGUCGGAUUUGAUUUGAAUUCCUGAUAUUCGUGUUGCGGUCAAGACUUCUCCGUUUCACUGGAACUGAAGAAAUAGUUUGACUCAAAAGGUCCAGUAAAAUGGUGAAUUUUGUCUGGACGGAGCCAGACAAGCCGUUUGCUCAUGAAUCUGAACGUCUAACUCCUGACCAAAAAGAGAAAACACGUUUCCCACAAUAUCGCUCGCCUCCGCUCUAGUUUUACCCACCUGGAAACGGAUCCAGAAACUGAACCGCCUGACUAAAACCAGAUCGUACUCCUGUGAAAACUAAAAGUAAGCAUGCGGAAGACCAUCUGCUGACUUUAUUGUUUAUUUGUGAAGCUCUUUGCUGCUUGUCGUUUGUUUUUUUGUCUUUUUUUAUUGAUUAAAUUUUUUACCUUUUGUGUAGAAAAAUGGAAAGAUACUAAAAAAAUGUGAAUAUGAAGUUAAGUUGUACGUUUUGGGCAAUGACUGAGUCCUUCUGAAACACCACUGUUUAUUCUUGGUUUAAAAUGUGUUUGGAUGCAAAUGUUUUGGGCAAUAAUGAGAAUAUUUUUCAUCUGGCUGGUGGUUCUUUCUGGUGGUUCUGACUGAAAAGCCAUUUUACUUCCUAAACAAUGGAGGAUGUGCUUUCUUAGUGAAGUAAUUUUCAAAAUGGGUGUGGAUUAAUUUUUCAUUGUUAUGCUAAUCAAUUAAUUGACUGCAUUUGGCCAGGGGACAGCAGCUGAAAAUCAGCCUUAGGGCACAUUUACAGUCAUGGUGAUUAAUGAGUAAAAAUAACAAAAUAAAUAAAGAAGAAAUCAAAGUUGGCACAAAGCUCUUGGAUAUUUCUUGAUGUGAAUCAUACUUUUGUGAAGUUGUUGUUCAGUACUUUGUGUCAGCUCCAGUAGAAAACCACCGACCUGAACAGAGUCAAGAUAUCAGACUUUCACUUACGCUUGCUUCCUGUUUGUUUCUUAUUGUCAGAACUGUAAAUAGGAUUUGGAAACUGGACUUUUUCUUUUCUGGUACCCAUUAUAAAGACACGCAUGUAACCUGUGGUGACUCAAGGUAAUGAUGUAAAUACGAUAUCAUGCAGUAUGCCUUUGUUGUUUUUGUUAUUAUUUAAAUAGAUCUCCUAAAUAUGUAAAUAAAUCUUUCUAAUUCCAUCCCUCUUACGACA